CUCACUCAUCAUCCGAUUCCCUAAACCCUAACCAUCUCUCUUCCUCUCGCUCUCCGUUCAACAACUCCUCCAAGAAUGGCUGAUCUCUCCAAGGUCUCUUGCUUCCUCCUCAUCGCCUGCCUCGUGGCGGCUUCGUCACCGGCGGCUCGCGCGGCCAUCACGUGCUCCCAGAUCUCCUCCAGCAUGGGCCCCUGCAUCGGCUACCUGAGGGGCUCUGGCCCCCUGUCCAGCGCCUGCUGCUCCGGCGUGAAGUCCCUCAACACCGCGGCCCGGACCACCGCGGACCGCCAGGCCGCGUGCCGGUGCCUGCAGUCGGCUGCCGGCAGCAUCCAGGGGAUCGACUUCAACCUCGCCGCCGGCCUCCCCGGAAAGUGCGGCGUCAGCGUGCCUUACAAGAUCAGCCCCACCACCGACUGCAAAUCCGUGAAGUGAGGUCCACGAGCUCGGACGUCGCUGAUGAUAGCGUGGUAACGUUGAAGAUGAUGAUAAUAAGAAGGGACGUGGACUAGUCGAUGUAUGCAUGCAUGCUUUGUUGUUGUGUGAUGGCCGGUCUCGUGUUGGUUUUCUGUCUACGUCCUUGUCGUUACAUUAUGUGCUUCGGCCAGUGAAAUUAUCUCUACUUGGUGUUUUUUUCUC